CGUUCCAGCGCUCCAGUCCAUUGCCUUCUUCGUCGUCUCCUUCGGCUUCAUGUUAUUCCCCUCCUCCCUUCUGCUGGCCACGGCGGCCCUGGCUGCUGCUUCUCCGUCCCCCAAUUUCCCCCAGACUCCUUUGCAAUUCUUCUCCUCGUCGCCCUCCACCGCCGACUCCUUGGACGAGGUCAUCAAUGACUCCCCAUUCCUUUCCUUCCACCGCGACCUGGUUCAGAUCGAGUCCAUCUCCGGGAAUGAGAACCGCAUAGGCUACUUCGUGGCGGACUUUCUGGGGGCGCACAACUUCUCCGUCGUCAAGCAGCCCGUGACCGGUGGUGAUGGGCAGGUCCGCUUCAACAUCUUUGCCCACCGGACGUCCAGUCAUCCGCAGGUCCUGCUUACCAGUCACAUUGACACCGUGCCGCCUUUUAUUCCCUACUCCCUCGACCGCAUCGACUCUGAUUCCUCCUCAACCGCAACCGUCCGCAUUUCUGGCCGGGGCACCGUCGACGCCAAAGGCAGCGUGGCGGCGCAGGUCUUCGCGGCCCUCGAGGUGCUGGACGAGGACCCUGAAGCUCCGCUAGGGCUCCUUUUUGUUGUCGACGAGGAAGUCGGCGGGAAAGGCAUGCGCGUUUUCUCGGAAUCCUCUUUAAACCCGAGCCCCUCCGCCUUCCACACAGUCAUCUUCGGCGAGCCCACCGACCUGGCCCUCGUCGCCGGUCACAAGGGCAUGCUGGGCUUCGAGCUGGUUGCCACUGGCCACGCCGCCCACUCCGGGUAUCCCUGGCUUGGGCAGAGCGCCAUCUCUGCCAUCCUCCCCGCCUUGUCGCGCGUCGACCGACUGGGUGACAUUCCCGCCGCCAAGGGCGGCCUCCCCGCUAGCCCUAAGUACGGCCGCACCACCGUGAACAUCGGCCGCGUGGAGGCCGGAGUGGCGGCCAACGUGGUGCCGGCGAGCGGGCGCGCGGACGUCGCGGUGCGCCUGGCGGCGGGCACCCCGGACGAGGCGCGCGAGAUCGUGCGGCGCGCCGUGCGCGAUGCCACUGACGGCAGCGAGGCCGUGUACGCCGACUUCUCGACGCGCUCCGAGGGCUACCCGCCGCAGGACCUGGACACGGACGUGGCCGGCUUCGAGGUGACGACGGUGAACUACGGCACGGACGUGCCGAACUUGCAGAUCCACGACCGCGCGGACGGCAGCCGCGUGCGUCGCUACCUCUACGGCCCCGGCAGUAUCCACGUGGCGCACGGCGACAACGAGGCGAUCACCGUGGCCGAGCUAGAGGAGGCCGUGCGUGGAUAUCGAAAGUUGAUCGAGGCGGCAUUAGAUCGGAGCGAGUGAAAUCUUGGGCUCUUUUUUAGGUCCUUUCGUCUUUAAGCCCAUGUAUAUAUUUUAGUCCGGGGUUUAACUGAUCGACCCUCUUGUAUAGAUGAAUCUAAUGUGCAUCAUGACAC